AUGGUCUUCUAUGCGCAAGUCAAUAAAUGUCGCUGACCACAUUCACAACCCCAAUGGCGACCUUGUCCCCGUCAACACCCUCCUCGUCCUCGUCGCCGUCAGAUAGCUUGGCAGGCAGUAGACUCGGAUCUGAGGAUCCUGGAACCGUCGACUUGGCCCCUGAUGCCGCAAGAAACAAACAUGUCCUCCUUCUCCUCGACAUUCAACGUUUCAUGCUCGCUCCACCACCGAUAGGCGUACCCUCUGCAAAGACGGUGUACAAGAACCUCAUGGAACUCCUGACAUGCGCGCGGUCAUCACCCAACCCACCCCUUAUCAUCCACGUUCGAAACACGGGAGAUCCGGGAGACCCAGACGAGCCGGGAACCGAUGGAUGGCAGUUGAUCUUCCCUCCCCUUCCCAACGAAGUGGUUUUAGACAAGAGAAAGAACAAUGCGUUUGCGGGGACCAAGUUGGGGAGUCUUAUACCAACGGAUGCGGAGAUUGUGGUGGCGGGAUUCCAAACGGAUUUUAGUAUUCGGGCAACGGCCAGUGGGGCGUUGGCGAGAGGGAAUGAGAUUAUACUCGUUCGUGGCGCGCACGCUACCUUUGACCGAAUCGAAGUGCUGCACGGCGCUGCAGUCCAUGGCGCUGGGGUGACAUCGGCCGCGAUAAUCCAGGCGGAGAUUGAGGCUGAGCUGGAGGAGGCAGGUGUACACAUUUUGGAGAUGAAGGAUUUGCCAGGGAUUUUCAUGGAUAGAUAGCUGUUUAUUCAAUUGGGUUCUCUGCUACUUAUCUUGUACAUCUGCCGCCUAUGGUCGACACUCUGUCGGCGCACUAAAACACACCAAAAAGGAUUUAGAUUGGGGCA